AGGACAGACUUUUGCCCAAUUGAGAAAACCCUACUAUUUGUAUUGUCCAAUACCUGAAUGCCGUACUUCCUGAUGUUAAGGGUGUGAUUUUUAGCAUUAGCUUCACUGAAGUAAAAUAGCAAAGUAAUACGAUACCUAGCCAGACGACCGAUCCACAAACUAAGUGUAGGCUUACGCAAUGUUCUUCUGAGAAAUAGACUUGUUUACAAGUCGACUCUUUAGUUGCACAGAGUGGUGGGUAUGCGGAAUCAAAAUGGGAAACAUUUUCGGCAGAAAGAGACGCACGCGAGUCACAGAGCAGGACAGAGCAGUUUUGCAACUGAAACAGCAGAGAGAUAAGUUGAAGCAGUACCAGAAGAGAAUCACUCUGCAGCUGGAAAAAGAGAGGAAUCUGGCCAAGCAGCUUCUGAAAGAUGGCAAGAAAGAGAAGGCCCUCCUCUUGCUCAAAAAGAAAAGAUACCAGGACCAGCUCCUGGACAAGACGGAAAACCAGAUUAGCAACCUGGAGCACAUGUGUCAAGACAUUGAGUUUGCCCAGAUUGAAAUGAAGGUCAUUGAAGGACUUAAAGUUGGAAACGACUGCCUGAAGUCAUUGCAUGAGGCGAUGUCUAUCGAGGAUGUGGAGAGAAUUAUGGAUGAGACCCAAGAAGCCAUUGAAUACCAGAGGGAAAUAGACGAGAUGCUGGCAGGUUCCCUGACACAGGAGGAUGAAGAUGCUGUACUGGCUGAACUGGAGGCCAUCACUCAGGGAGACCUUGACCUACCAGAGGUACCUGAUGAGUCCCAGCCUGAGGUCCCAGAGGCAGCUGAGGGAGAACCAGGUCAAGAGAGGGGGAGACAGAGGAAGAAGCAGGAACGAGAGAUGUUGGCUGUCUAGAAACGCUUGUUUGCCAAUGGACUUGGUACGCCGGCCACUAUAUCCCCCUCGUGGGGGUCUCAUGCCCCAACCACCACACACAACCACAGAAAGAUUAUCUUCACUCACUGGAAGCUGAAGCAUCUCUUCCAGUCCCUCACCGCCAAGACUGAUGCUCCUGGUGCCCUGCUAAGCCUUGGCCUUGUGAGCCCAACUAGGGCUCUAUAGGCCUCCUCUGGACUCAACAACCCCAUCACUCCAACCAUGGACAUGGACCUUAUUUUUCAGGUCAUUGCCUGCAGGUUCUCUCCUAUCCUUUUUAUGUUUAGGGCCUAUUUAUAUUGUGCCUAUUGCCUAAGUCCCUUGACAGGUGUGUGUUUUUUAAAUCUUCUGUGAACAAAUUAUGUGAUUAACAGACAAAUGAAUGAGUGUCACUUUUAUUUCUUUAUUUCUCUUCAACCUUUUGUGACUUAUGCCUGUUAUCUGACCACAGAGCACAUUAUAUUUGGUAGGAAUAGUCUACAUUUAUGUCUUUCAAAAUCAUGACUAUUUGGACUAUUUUCAGAAUCUUGACCUGUUUAGAUGCCAAAUCUUAGUUCAAAAUGCCUUUAUUCCUGCCAAACUGUCAAGAAUCGAUUUGACUUUUAGCUUUGGUUUCAACUUGUUGAUUUGGGGACAGAAUCCUUAUAACAGUACUGACCUAUUUGCUAAAGCAGCCAUUUCAUGUAUAUUCAUUUUCUUCCUCGCUGUCGAGCUGUUUAGCCAAUCUAAUGCUCCAGUUCAUUUUGGCUUGGGGAUUAGUUCAGUGUCAUUGGAGAAAGGAAGAGCUAAUCGUAUAAUAAUAAUAAUAUGCCAUUUAGCAGACGCUUUUAUCCAAAGUGACUUAGUCAUGCGUGCAUACAUUUUUUUGUGUAUGGGUGGUCCCGUAUAUUGUCAGUGGGCUUACUUACCUCUGUACCUCACAGACAACACCAGACAACACUGGUGUUCUCAUCGGAUGCCUAGAUUUGACUAUGAUUUCAGUCCAAGACGCCCUCACAGAGCCUGAUGCCCUAGCUAUCUUUCCAGUGAGUAUUAUGAAAUUAGGUCUGUCUUACUAUGAAGUGUGAUAUUGGAUUGUUAGCUGCCUGGGUCUGUAAUAUUUUACUGGCAUAUCAUAUCAUGAUUCUCUUAGAGCAUUGGCUAAUUAUUUCUUUAUCUGAAAUGGAGGGCCUACAUAUAAAAGAGAAGCACUACCCAUAUUUGAUAUAUGUAAGUGGCUUAUCAGACCAGAUAUGUAUGGUAUAAAAAGUAUUACUGUUCUCUAAUCUGUAAGUCUCUCUGAGAUGCUCUUGACAAUAACUGUGGAGACCAUUUCCCAGUUAUAUCCUAUUGACAAACCUGUGGCGUGUCUAUACGAAAUCUCUUCUUAUUCUGUAACAAUACAAGCAUUUUUAAAAGUA